AUGGGGACCGAAACAAAACCUCGGACAAAGGACUGCUCCUGGUUUGCUUUUUAUUUAGGUUUACCCCUGUUGUUCGUAAAUCAGGCUUUGGCUCAGAUACGAUACACUAUUCCAGAGGAGGUGAAAGAUGGGACUAUUGUUGGAUAUGUUGCAAAGGACCUUGGUAUUGACAUCCCCUCUUUGAUUGACCGAAAGUUUCGUGUUGUUUCUGAGUCCGAGGAUGCAUUAUUUGAGGUAAACCAGGACAAUGGGGCACUGCAUGUUCAUAAGAAAAUCGACAGAGAGCUGCUAUGUCAGGGAAGCGGUGCCUGCCUAAUGGAGCUAAAAGUAAUUGUGGAAAACCCUUUGGAAAUACACUACGUAGUUGUAGAAAUUACUGAUGUAAAUGAUCACUCUCCUAGUUUUCCUGAAAGGGAACAGAUAUUUGAAAUAGCUGAGCACACAUUACCAGGAAAGCGAUUUCAACUGCACCCUGCUCGAGACCCCGAUGCUGGAGUUAACUCUAUUCGUACAUACACUUUAACGUCAAAUGAACACUUUGAAGUAGACAUCCGCCAAAGCGACGAGGAUAAAAUACCAUUUCUAGUGCUGAAGAAAUCGCUGGACAGAGAACAAAAUAACAAACACACGCUGCUGGUUACUGCCGUUGAUGGAGGAAAACCUCCAAAAUCAGGCACACUUAAUGUUUCUAUUAUUGUUCUGGAUAGUAAUGAUAAUCGCCCGAUGUUUAGUCAGGAGAUUUACCACAUUUCAAUAAAAGAAAAUAUUACCGUCGGCACUUUAAUAUUUAAACUGAAUGCAACGGAUGCCGAUGAAGGCAUUAACGGGGAAAUAGAAUAUAGCCUCGGAAAAACUCUUAAGAAAAACGUCUAUGACAUUUUUGAAUUAGACAAAUUAACUGGAGAGAUUAAAAUAAAAGGGGAAAUCAAUUAUGAAGAAAACGAUGUUUAUAAACUCGAUGUCGAGGCGUCAGAUAAAGGAACCCCUCCACUGACAGGUGAGUGUAGAGUCGUUAUAAAGAUAAUAGACAUAAACGAUAAUCCACCGGAAAUAGAAAUCACAUCACUGUCAAAUACAGUCUCUGAAGACUUUAAACCUGGCUCAAUGAUUUCUCUAAUCAGCGUCAAGGAUAAAGACUCCGGUGUCAAUGGAAAAAUAAUUCCGAGCAUAACCUCAGACGUUCCUUUUGAAUUAAAGCCCUCCUUCAAGGAGAACAUUUAUUCAGUCGUCACUAAGGGAUUUUUGGAUCGCGAGCAGGUAUCACAAUAUCAAAUAACAAUAAAAGCUACUGAUUGUGGUGAACCUGCCUUAUCAGCUUAUAAAACUCUCAGCAUUCAGAUAUCAGAUGUAAACGACAACAGACCACAUUUCUCUCAAAAUCCAUUACAGUUUUACCUUUCCGAAAAUAACGUUGCUGGAAAUUAUAUUUUCUCUGUAAGCGCUACAGACAACGAUUUGAAUGACAAUGCAGCUAUUUCGUAUCGUAUAGUGAGAGAAGGGAUUCAAAAUGAUAUAAUGUCUUUCCUAAAUAUUAACUCAGAAACUGGAGAUAUUUCGGCGCUGAAAAGCUUUGACUUUGAGACUCUGAAAACGUUCCAGUUCCAAUUCCAAGUUGUCGCCACAGAUUCUGGAACUCCGUCACUAAGCAGCAACGUCACAGUGCACGUGUUCAUUCUGGAUCAGAACGACAACGCUCCAGUCAUCCUGUAUCCGGUCAGCUCUAACGGUUCUGCUGAAGGUGUGGAGGAGAUUCCCCGCAAUGUGAACAAAGGACACUUUGUGACUAAAGUCAGAGCCUAUGACGCUGAUAUAGGAUAUAACGGCUGGUUACUGUUCUCACUACAGGAAGUCACUGACCACAGUCUCUUUGGUUUGGACCGCUAUACAGGACGGAUCAGAACACUUCGCUCAUUCACAGAGACAGACGAGGCUGAGCAUAAACUGAUCAUACUGGUGAAAGACAAUGGCAACGUUUCCCUGUCAGCAACAGCUACUGUGGUUAUCAAACUUGUGGAGCCCAGAGAGGCUUUUGCUGCUGCUGAUGUUAAAAGUGCAACAAAAGAUGAUGAGGAGGAUAAUAAUGUGACUUUUUACCUGAUGAUAACUUUGGGUUCAGUCUCAACACUUUUUCUCAUCAGUAUCAUUGUGCUGAUUGCAAUGCAGUUUGAAAACCCCUGCUCUAAAUCAACAGACUAUACUUCUAAAUAUCUCCAAGAGACUAACUAUGAUGGGACACUGUGUCACAGCAUCCAGUACAGAUCUGGAGACAAGCGGUACAUGUUAGUUGGACCCAGAAUGAGUAUAGGAUCUACUAUAGUCCCAGGCAGCCAUGCCAACACACUAGUGCUUCCUGACAGGAGGGGGACAUCCACAGAGGUGUAG